AUGAACGGACACUCCACCUCCACAUACGAUGCACCGCGAGCCAGCGGCUGGAAUGGUUCUGACUUCCUGAUUGAUCCCGGAACAUACGUCUUCUACAACUCAACCAUGACGCGUAACCACGACGUCUACAGAAACUCACCUGGAGAAUACUCAACCGACCUCGUAGCCAAUGCCGCAGUAUCCUUCUUAGACGAAGCCAUCGCAGCACCAGACCGGCCUUUCUUCCUCGGCGUCGCACCCAUAGCCCCCCACUCAGAAACAAUCACCAACCCACGCCCUACAAAGUUCAACCUACCCGUCCCCGCAAAGCGACACGAGCAUCUCUUCCCCGACGUAAAAGUACCCCGAACACCAAAUUUCAAUCCCUCCAAGCCAGGAACAGCAUCCUACUUCUCCACGCUCCGCCCGCUCAACGCCUCAGAAAUCGCGUACAACGACGCCUGGUACCGCGCGCGCCUUCAAACCCUCCAAUCCGUCGACGACCUCAUCGAGUCCAUCAUGAACCGCUUGAACCAAAACCCCGAAGUACUGGAAAACACUUACUUGAUAUACACAACCGACAACGGCUUCCACAUCAGCCAACACCGGCUCCCACCCGGCAAAUCCUGCGGCAUAGAAGAAGACAUCAACAUCCCCUUCUUCAUCCGCGGCCCGGGCGUCUCCAAAGGCGCAGUGAUGGAUAUACCGAGUAGUCAUACGGAUAUCGUGCCUACGCUGUUUCAUCUCGCUGGAAAGGGGUGGGAAGAGCGAGCAUGUUAA